GACAAAACGGAUACAUCGCCUGCGUCACGGACUUGCUCGAGUCCCCGCGGAUGUGGCAGGCCUACGGGUUGCCGAUGAAGACCCUGAUCGAGCAGUUCUUCCAGCCGCAACAGGCGGUCGGCGGGACCACAGCAGGUUCUUCGGUAGCUUCCACGAUCGAGCGGAGCUCCUGGCGUGACUCUGCCGCGGGCAAUACGCCAUCCUUCUCUGUCUCCCUGGGAGCCAAGUCGGUGGAGGAGCUGCGGAAUUCAAGAACGACCACAACGACGACCCCGAUUUUUAGUACGCUGAACAAAAGAGCAGAUGUUGGCAGCGGCGUAGGCGCAGCAAGUACGGCAUCGAGGUCGGUGAGCUUCUCGACAGAGGCGCGUGGUGGUACAACAACUUCUUCUACCGCUGGGCUGCAGUCCUCCAGCAAGGCGGGGGGUCAUCAACAAGAUCCAGCAGGAGGAAAUCACACGAGAACUAGUACCAGCCCCACCAGUUCCGCGCUCGCGCAGCGCAACAGAAGCAUGCUGGUGGCCAGCAGACCGCUAGCAUUACAAACCUACCCGGUGUACACCGUGUACAAGGAACUCGCGGACGAGUGGGCGGUCCGGUUGUCCGUCCGCCAGCCGGGCCCGACGCAAUUCGGGAUCAAGGGGGACGGGGUGUUUCGCGGGACCUUGAUGUACGCGACGAACCUGGACUAUUCGUAUUCCAUCUUGGCAGAAUACGUCCCGUACGCGAAGCUACGGGAAGCCGCGGUCUCGCACAACAACUCCACUGUUCUUGCUGACCCGAUGGAACAGCAGGGCUUGCUGAACCACAAUAGCAGUUCCGCCCUUGCCGGUUUCUUCAACGCGUCUGCGGACAGUGUGCGAAGCUUAGUGCAGCAAUCGCAAAGAGCAUCCUCUUCGAACUGGGCUCAAAUUGGCCAGUCGCAGCCAAUUUUCCCGCCGCCGGAAGAACAAUCUACUGCUCAAGAGCAACUUGCUCAACAUCAAGAGAAUUAUGCUAUAGCGCAACCGCCGAGCAGCAUCAAACCGCCGGACCCAGCGGCGCCAAAGGUCCGGAAUCUGCAGAGCUUCGAAAGCCGGAGCGACUUCUCCAGCGGCUCGGUUUCCAGGAGUUCUUCGUCCGUAAGCGACGACACGAAAGACGCGGCUAUGCAUACUGUGAGGAAAAAUCCCCCCUCCCCAUACUGAAAAGGUAUGUUCACUUAGAAAUUUGUGAUGCUGAUUUGUGACCACAAAUCCUGUCUCCCUUGCAAGAAGGCAAAUCCAAAGAAUCCCUCGCGUUAUGGCGGCGAUUUGUCAUGCUGUCUCACCUUCAUGGCAGGCCUCUGCUAUGCUAUGCGCCUACAACAAAACACCCCUCCGCAGGCUGAGGCUUUGAUUGCCUGUAGUGCUUCACUGCAAGACAGGGCUGAUUUGUGUACACAAAUUCAGCAACAGAAGUUUCCGUUUCGAUAUGGAGGGGAGGGGGGAUUUUUCAUUUUGAUAAUGCAGGUGGUUUCGAAAACGUUGAAGAAGUCCAGCUCUUCGAGAAGCAAUCAGAAGAUGAACCAGGAGAAUAACGAGCAGACAAAGGGAACAAAUGUAACAACAAGCAGUAACAACAAAUUGCGGAUCCAAACACAAGACGCCUUUCUCCCGCGCCUCCGCGAGCUCACGCGAAUGUCCGACACGCAGCGGCGGCGGGUGCAGUACCGACCGCAUCUGCCCCAAAGUCUGCUCCAGUACAGGCUAGUGGACCGCGACGGCUAUGGGGUUUGUUCGGAACUGAAAUUUUUGGAAAAACUCUUCCCGGCGACCCACAAGCUGAAAGCCAUUCGCGUGGACGACCCGGUGGUGAAAAGGAUGGAAAGUAGUGCGGCGGUGACGAGAGAUGUGAGCGUCACGUCAAACGUGGGCGGCAUCGUGGGAGCACCAGCAGCUGCAACGGCUUCUGGCGGUGCAGCUGGUGCUGGUUCAGCAUCUUUGAACCCGCAAGCAACGUUGAGUUCUUCAUCUGGAGCUGCACCGAGUUCCUCGCAGCCUUUCCAGUUUUUGCCGCCGCCGCGAGAGUCGCAGGCUACGACAAACUACAGCGGGGUCAUGACGCAUCCCGCGUCCUCGUCUUCCACAACCCGCGGCCCGCAGGGCCGGCGCACGAAACCGUUGAAGCUGGGGAUCGUGUGCCUGUCCCGCGUAUCAAGUGCAAAAAUGUCUGGGUCUGGAAGAGGAAAAACAUUUGUCAUGCAGAUUUCUCAUGACCCAUGAUGCCUGUAAUGCAUGACCUAGCAUCGCAGACUUUCAGAGGGCUUCCUGAUGCACCUUCCGCAUGAGAAAUGCCCUGGCCGUGUAGCACAAACUGCAGCCCUCUUGCUGGUCAUGCAAUACAAAUGUUUUUACAGUUCAAAAACAGCAUGACAAGUUGCAGUCUUCCAGACCCAGACAUUUUUGCAGUUGAGACCGCGAGGCCCCGGGGAUUCACAACGCGGUCUGUAUCAAAUGCAAAAAUGUCUGGCGGGUCUGGAAGACUGCGAGAUUUGUCAUGCUUGUCUGGGAUGACCAAAAAGUUUGUGAUGCGUGUCUAAGAAGAGACCCCUGUUGCCUGUCAUGCAAAAACGCAGCUUAUCGUGAGAAAAACGCAACACAAAGAAGCGCAGAUAUUUCUCAUGCUUGGCUGUGCAUUACAGAGCAUUUCCUAUUCCCAACGCAGCAUCACAAGUUUCCAGACCCAGACAUUUUUGCAUGUGAUAGUCUGGGGCGCGCUGCGGUUCGUGCAGGAGAACGCAAGGGAGGUCGCCGCGGCGCGGGAGCAAAUGUUCGGCGGAGGAGCAGACAUGCAUUCUUCUGGAAGCAUGAGCGACUUCGCACCCUCCCCGCCCUUCUCGACGAACGCAAUUGCCGAAGCAGGAACAACAAGUGCGUCGAACGUAGCAAAUUAUAACCAAGAAGACCACAACUUUGGGCCGGGUGCAGCAAGCCCUUCGGCGCAGCCAACUGGGCACUUGUACGGAUUCUUGGGCGGGGGACGGGGUCUGUGUGAACGGAACUUCAUCGAGAUCGACGAGCAAAGGUUGCUACCCUACUGCAACCAGGCGGGGCUGGAUUUGUUGCAGCGGUCCGAUUUCGCGGUGACAAGGACGGAAGCGAAUCUGACGAAGGUUGUGGAAACAGUGUUGUCGUUGGAAUUAGACGGGCUCUUGGUGAUUGGAAACAGCCAGUCCCACCCGGAAACGGCAUUUUUGGCCGAGUACUUUCUGGAGUUCCGGGUGCCCUGCGCAGUGGUGGGGAUACCGGCCAGCUGCGAAAACGAUCUACCCUUUGUGGAGCAGGUACAGAUACUUACUACUUCAACAUCCAUGGUUUUGUUCUUUCUUAUGCUGAUGUUUAUGUGUGCAUUUCACCACCUUCAUUUGUUUCAGUCGCUCAAACAGAAACCGUUCUUUCGUGUUCAUCUUCGUCUAGAAAUAAUAAAAAUAAGUACCUUGUCCAAAAAACCUCCACAGUCCCUUGGCCACGACACCGCCUGCAAAGUUUUCUCGUCCAUCAUCGGGAAUCUCGGUGCGCAUGCCGCCAGCACGAAGAAGCACUGGUACUUUAUCCGUGUGGCUGGCCGGUCCGUUAGUCGCAUUGUGAACGAGUGCUGUCUAUGGCUUGUAAAAAGGUCUGGGUCUGGAAGAUUCUGCGACUUGUGAUGCAUGUUUUUCAUGCGCCAUCAUGUCUGUGAUGCAUGCCCUAGCAUCACAGAUGUUUUGAGGGCAUCUUGAUGCGUAUUCUGCAUGACAAACAAGGUCCGAGCGUGGGGACAGGGUCCCCACGCGGGCCCUUGGCUUCGGUUUCGGCUUGAGGUUUCAGCCUGGGGCUUCGGCUUGGGGGUUUCAUUCGGCCUGGGGUUUCGGCUUCAGGCGACGGCGGCAGACAGUCAGGCGAUAGAGCUGGACGGCGGUGCGCUCUGUGGGUGCAGAAAUGCCACCGCCCCAGAGGCGCGGAAUGGGCUCUACGAAGUUCCCGCAACAAAUCUGGGCGCGGGGCGUCGCUUCCUCGCAUGAAAGCAAGGGCCGAGGCACGAAGUCAGGAGGGGGAUAGCCGGAGAAGCAAGGCGCAGAGCCUGGCAGGGCUGCCCAGCUGGACGGCCUUGCGGCCUUGGGUUUUCGAAAAAGCUGGGCAGCCUUGCAGAAGUUUAUCCAGUUUUUUCAAGAUUCGCCACCCUCGCAUUAUGUUCCCUCGUCCAAAGUGUGGGCUAGGGGCUUCGCGCGAUAGCCGGGGAAGCAAGGAACAGAGCGGGGCAAGGCUGGCGAGCUCGGCGGCUUUUUGGCCUUGGACUUACUUUCGGAAAAGCUGGCCAAACUUGAAAAAAAUUCAUAAGGUUGCCCAAGCUUCCCCAGUUGCGCACCAUCUGCGGCCAAAGUGCGGCCGUGGGGCGUCGCGCGAUAGCCGGAGAGGCAAGGAACAGACAGAGCGCGGCAAGGCUGGCCAGCGAGCUUGGCGGCUUUGCGGCCUUGCGUUUUCGGAAAAGCUCGCCAAACUUGAAAAGUUUUGCCAGUUUUUUCAUGAUUCCCCGGCCCAGCAUCACCGGCCUACGGCCAAAAUGUGGCCUCGGGGCUUCGCGCGGUAGCCGGGGAAGCAAGGAACAGAGCGGGGCAAGCCUGGCCAGGCAGCCAGGCGGCCUUGUGGCCUCGGGUUUCUUUUCGCAAAAGAAAAGCUGGCCAAACCUGAAGAAGUGCGCGCUUCAAGUUUUUUCAAGAUUCCCGCGCACGCUCGCAUUGCCUACGGCCAUGCUGAGUGUUGCCGUGGGGCUUCGCGCGAUAGGCGGAGAAGCAAGGAGCAGAGCGGGGCAAGGCUGGCACGCUUGACGGCUUUGCGGCUUUGGAUUUUCGAAAAAGCUGGCCGACCUUGAUAAAGCUGCCCAAGCUUUUUGCAAAGUCCCCCCGCCUUCGCAUUUAUUACCUACGGCCAGGGCGAACGCGGCCGCGCCGCAGGGCUUCGCGCGGUAGCCGGAGAAGCAAGGAAGGAACAGAGCGGGGCAAGGCUUGCCACCUUGGCGGCUUUGCGGCCUUGGCUUUUCGGAAAACCUGGCCGACCUUGCAAAAGUUUUGCUCUCAGGCUUUUCGCUUUUCGAGAUCAUUCCCCGCGCUCGCACCACGUACGGCCAAGAUGCGGCCGCGGGGCUUCGCGCGAUAGCCGAAGAGGCAAGGACCAGAGCGGGGCAAGACUGGCCAGCUUGGUGGCUUUGAUUGCGGCCCUGGGUUUUCGGAGAAGCCGCCCGGCCAAACUUGAAAAGGCCUGCAAAACCUCCCCGGCCUCGCAUUGCCGAGGGCCAAGAUGUGGCGCCGGGGCUUCGCGCGGUGAGCAGAGAAGCAUGGAACAGAGCGGGGCAAGGCUGGCACGCGGGGCGGCUUUGCGGCCUUGGGCUUUCGCCUUUUCAGGUUUUCAAGAUUUCCAGCCAUCGCACUACCUGCCUCCGGCCAAAAUGUGGCCGCGGGGCUUCGCGCGGUAGCCGGAGAAGCAAUGAAACGAGCGGGGCAAGGCUGGCAAGUUGGACGGCUUUGCGGCGUUGAUUCUUCGAAAAAGCCGGCCAAACUUGCAAAAAGCUCCCCGGCUGUUCCGAGGCUUCCCGCGCUCGCAUUACUUUCCUACGACGAAAAUGCGGCCCCGGGGCUUCGCACGAUAGCCACAGAAGCAAGGAACAGAGCGGGCGCGGGGCAAGUUUGGCGGGCCAGCUUGGCGGCUUUGUGGCCUCGGGUUUUCGGAGAAGCUGGCCAACUUUGAAGAAACUUGUCCAGCUUUUUAAGAUUUCCCGCGUUCGCAUUACGUACGGCCGAAAUGCGGCGGGCCGCGGGGCUUCGCGCGGGCGAUAGCCGGAGAAGCGAGGAACAGAGCGGGGCAAGGCUGGCCAGCCGGACGGCUCUGCGGCCUUGAGUUUCGGCGGGCGUUCGCUUGGAAAGGCUGGCCAAGUUUGAGAAAAUUUUUCGAGUAAGUUACCCCAAGACUGACUCCCCGCCCCCGCAUUGCAUGCCUUUCUACGGCCAGAAUGUUGCCGCGGGGCGUCGCGCGAUAGCCGGAGAAGCAAGGGGCAGCGCUUGGGUUUUCGAAAAGGCUGGCCAAACCUGAAAAACAAAGGCGCGCUCCAAGGCUAUUCCAAGAUGUCCCGCCCUCGCAUUACCUACGGCCAACGUGUGGCGUCGGGGCUUCGCGCGAUAGCCGGAAAAGCAAGGGCGGGGCAGAGCGGGGCAACGCUGGCCGGCUGAAGUGGACGGCUUUGCCGCGGCCUUGGUGUUUCGGAAAAGCUGGCCAAACCUGCGCAAGCUUUCGAGCCCCGCGCCCGCAUUACCUACGGCCAGCGCGUGGCCUUGCCCUGGGGCUUCGCGCGAUAGCCGGAGAAGCACGGAGCAGAGCGGGGCAAGGCUGGCCAUCUGGGCGGCUUUGCCUGCGGCGUUGGGUUUUCGGAAAAACUGGCCAAACUGGCCAAACAUCGCCGCAGGCCCUGCGGCCAAAGCUUGGCCGCGCGCGGGGGGGGGGCUUCGCACGCACGAGAACCGGAGAAGCAAGGAAUGGGACGGGGCAAGGCUGGCCAGCUGGAAGGCUUUGCGGCCUUGGGUGUUGUGUUCGAAAAGCGGCCCAAACUUGAAAAAAUUUCUCAAGUGUUUUCAAGGCUGCCCGCCUUCGCAUUACCUCCGGCCAAGGUGCGGCCUCGGGGCUUCGCACGAUAGCCGGAGAACGAACAGCAAAGAACAGACAGAGUGGGGCAAGGCUGGCUGGCCAGCUGGAAGGCUUUGCGUGCGACUUUGCGUCUUCGGAAAAGUUGGCCAAACUUUAAAAAAUUUUUCAAGCUUUGCAAGGUUUCCCGCCUUCGCAACACCAGCGGCCCAAGAAGUGUGGCCGCGAGGGUCCGCGCGGUCGCCGGAGAAGCAAGGAACGGAGCGGGGCGAGGCGGGGCGGCCAGCGAGCUGGAACGCUUUGCGGCCUUGCGUUCUCGGAAAAGCUGGCCAGACUUGCAAAAGCUCCGCAAGCUUUUCCAAGGUUCCCCGCCCGCUUUCGCACUACCUGCGGCCAAGACGGGGCCUCGCGCGCGCGAUAGCCGGAGAAGCAAGGAAAAGAGCGGGGCAAGGCUGGCCAGCUGGGCGGCUGUGCGGCCUUGGGCUUUCGGAAAACCUGGCCAAACUUGCCAGGGCUUUUUUCAGGGUUUCCCGCCUUCGCAUUGCCUAGCUUUCUACGGCCAAAACGUGGCCGCGGGGCUUUGCGCGAUAGCCGGAGACGCAAGGAACAGAGCGGGGCAAGCCAAGACUGGCCAGCUGGACAGCCUUGAUCGCGGCCCCGGCUUUUCGGAAAAGCUGGCCAAACAUGGCUAAGCUUUUGAAGCCUUCCAAAGGUGUCCCGCCUUCGCAUUAGAUUGCGCGCGGCCAAGUCGAGGCCCCGCGCGAUGGCCGGGGAAGCAAAGGGCAGAGCGGGGCGAGGCCGGCCAGCUUGGCGGCUUUGCGACCUCGGGGGAGUUUCCGGAAGAGCUGGGCAAACCUGAAAAACAUUCCCGAGCUUUUUCAAGGUUCCCCGGGUAGGUUCUCACUACCUACGGCCAACAUUUGGCCGCGGGCUUUCGCACGAUAGCCGGGAAAGCAAGGGGCAGAGCGGGGCAAGGCUGGCCAGCAAGCUGGGAGGCCUUGUGGCCUUGGGUUUUCGGAAAAGCUGCCAACACUUGACCGACCUGCUCAGGUUUUUCCUUUUCUCAAGAUCCCCCGGCGGCCCUCAAAUUACCUAGGUUGCGGCCAACAUGUGGCCUCGGGGCUUCGCGCGAUGGCCGGAGAAGCAAGGAACAGAGCGGGGCAAGGCCGGGCAGCUGGACGGCUUUGCCGCCUCGGGUUUCCGGAAAAGCCGGCCAAGCUUGCAACCUUCUCCAAGGUUCUUCAAGGUUGUCCGCGGUCGCACUACGUACGGCCAAGGUGUUGCCUCGGGCGGGGCUUCGCGCGAUAGCCGGAGAAGCAAGGAGCAACACAGAGCGGGGCAAGGCUGGCCGGCUUUGCGGCCUUGGUUGGGUUUUCGGAGAAGCUGGCCAAACUUGAGGAAAUUUUGAAAAUUUUUCCAAGCCUGAAACCGUUCCCAUUUUGGAAAUUUUCAAAAUUCCCGGGAAGGGCGCCGUCGGCUCCGGCCCGGGCUUCGAACCAGGGGGGCGCGAUGGUCCGUCGCAUGAGCAGAAGGGGCGGCCUUUGCGUUGUAGCCCGGCGAAGGCCCCGCGGCGGGGCCCGUGCUGUUGUAGCAAACUGCGGGCGCGCCUUGCCGCGCGCGGGAGGACGCCGGGGCCCCCGAUGCGCUCGCGACUCCCGCGGGGGGCGUGUGUGGUUCUUCGGGGUUGGGCGUUGUGCCACCCCGUUUGGACGGCCGGGGAAUUUGUUAUAGAGCGCGUUAUGGGACGCGUUAUGGGCAGCGACGCGAAAUCUUUGUGGGAUUUUGCUGGGGUCGCUUUAUAACGCGCCCCACAACGAAUCCCAUAACACCCCGGGCCGGGGUGCUUGCCACGGUUUCUCAACGCCCCCAUAACGCGUCCUACAACGCGUUCCACGACGCGUUCUAUGCCGCGUCCUAUAACGCCGCCCAUAACGCCCCCCCAUAACGCUUCCCAAGCAGCCCUGGCCUAGUGUUUUCGUCUCGCAAGGCGAGCGCCAAAAUUGCCGGGGAAAAAUUUCCGCAGAAAAAUUGGCUCUGGGGGUUCCAAUUUCAAAACUUCCGAAAACCGUAACACGCAGACAACGAAAGCCCCGCCCGGAAGUUUCCCGGCUAAAUUUUCCCAAGCUUUUUCAAGCCUUCCCGCCUUCGUAUUAUCUUCCAACGGCCAACACCUGGCCGCGACGCGUCGCGCGGUCGCCGGAGAUGCAAGGAACAGAGAGAGCGGGGAAGGGCUGGCCAGCUGGCCGGCUUUGUGGCCUUGGGUUUUCGGGAAGGCUUGCCAAACUUGCAAAAAUUUUUUAGGUUUUUCCUUUUUGAAGAUUCCCCGCCUUCGCAUUACGUACGAACGGCCAAGCUGUGGCCCCGGGGCUUCGCGCCAUAACCGGAGAAGCAAGAGACGGCCGGAGCGGGGCACGGCUGGCCAACUCGACGACUUUCUUGGUGGCCUUGGGCUUUCGGGCGGGCCGGCUUUUUCAAAAUUCCCCGCGGUCUCAUUACCUGCGACCUCGGGGCUUCGCGCGAUAGCCGGAGAGGCAAGGAACAGCGCGUGGCAAGGUGGGCCAGCUGGACGGCUUUACGGCCUUGGGUUUUCGGAAAACAAACCGCGUCAAACCUGCAAAGGCUCGGCCUUUCUCGGAAAGCACAGAAACCCUUCACCCUUUUUCAAGAUUUCCCGCGCUCGCUUUACCUGCGGCCAAAAUUCGCGCGGCGCGCGAGAGCCGGAGAGGCGCGGGGCAGAGAGAGCGGGGCAGGGCUGGCCAGCUUGGUGGCUUUGCAACCUUGAGCCUCCGGAGAAGCUGGCCGGCCAAGCUUGCAAGGUUUUCGCCAGUUUUUCCAAGGUUGCCCACUCCCGCCUUCGCACUACCUGCGAGCGGCCGGCCGAGAUUAAUGUGGCCGCGGGGCUUCGCGCGAUAGCCGGAGAAGCAAGGAACAGAGCGGGGCAAGGCUGUUGAGCCCAAAAGACCCCUUCCUACAUGCGCGCGAAAUGAAGCGCAAAAGGAAGGCGAACAGCCGGCCAACUGCCGCCCCAAUCGAUCAGGUUGCCACCUGUCGCCCUACGCCAAUAAUGCUUCCCGAUCCAAGUCGUCAGCCGUCGCGCUACGUCAAUUGCCUGAGCUAGGUGCCAGCGAGCCAAAAGCCUGGCAAUGUGUACUGUAGCCGAAGACGAUGGCGAUCCGUGUUGCGCCACGAAGGGGAGAGCGCGCGCCCCAUCUGAGCCCGCAGAGGAAAAAAAAAGAAAACCCCCGCGCCAAGAAUCUGCCGACGGAUUGCGCGGACUCUCCCGCGAAAGAGUUCGCAGAAACCCAACCCAAACGACCCUCCGAAAGGAACCUAACCGCGUGCGAUUUUGGCAAGCGGGCGGGGCAACAUCGAGAACAAACCGGGCGGGGGCGUGUGAAUCUUCCCGAACAUCCCUGGCGGGCCUUCUCGAAUUAUGCAGAGGGGGGCCCGAGCCUCCAGGCCUUGUCCUCUCGCAUAUUCCAAAAAGAAUGCCGAAAAUUCAGGGCGUGCGUUCCCGAAUAUUCAGGGCGGCGCGCCGAAUAUUCAGGGAGGGCGCUCCUUCUCGAAUAUUCAAGAAGGAACGCCGAGCACUCAGGGCGAACGUUCCCGAAUAUUCGAGGGGGAGUGCCGAAUAUUCAGGGGAAACGCCCUCCAUUAUUCAAGAAGGGACGCCGAAUAUUCCGGGAGAAUGCUCUCCAAUAUUCAAGAAGGAGCGCCGAAUAUUCAGGGCGGCCGUUCUCCAAUAUUCGAGAAGGCGCGCCGAAUAUUCAGGGAGGGCGUUCUCGAAUACCCAAGGGGGCGCGCCGAAUAUUCGGCGGGAAUAUUUUCACUCCAAGACCCGAGAAGGCGCGCCGAACAUUCGGGGAGAAUAUUCUCGAACAGCCAAGGGGGAACGCCGAAUAUUCCAGAAGGCACGCCGACCGAAUAUGCAUGCAGGGCAAAAAGCGCUCGCGAAUAUUCAAGGAGGAACGCCGAAAAGAAUACUCCGCGCGAAUAUUCUUGCAGACAGAGUCAAGGGGGUGCGGCGAAUAUUCACGGCGGGCAUUCUCGUAUAUUCACGGGCUAGAUCGGGCCGAAUAUUCAGGGAGGACGUUUCCAGUUAUUUCAGGGACGCUGCCGAAUAGUCAGGGCGGGCAUUCUCGAAUAUUCAGGGAGCAAGUUCCCCAAUAUUCCAGAAGGGGCGCCGAAGUUUCGGGGAGGAUAUUCUCGAAUCAAUAGCCGAGGGGGAGUGCCUGCCGAAGGAAUAGUCGGCGAGAAAGUUCUCCAAUAUUCAAGAAGGGGCGCCGAAUAUUCAGGGAUAAUGUUUCUCCAAUGUGGCGCCAACAGGUGAAGGCGACCGGUGGAGGUGACAGGCGACGGCGACAGUUGAAGGCGACAGGCAACGGCGACAGGUGAAGGCACAAACAGGCGACGGCGGCAGGUGAAGGCGACAGGCGAGGCGACAGGCGAAACGACAGGCGAAACGACAGGCGAAACGACAGGCGAAACGACAGGCGAAUAAACGACAGGCCAAAGGCCGCAACUUUUCAUGCGGUUCCACACCAGCAGCAGCACCAAAAAAAAAAAUGGGCUAUGUACUUCCGCGAGCAAGACAGUAGCUCUGUUAUUUUUUUCCACGUGCAUAAAAAUAAUUCUGGUUUUUCGGAUAUCGAUGCAGUCUGGUUAUUUUUUGCAGAUGAGUAAAAAUAAAAGCGCCGGCUUUUUCUUCUCGGAAAUAAGUGGCUCGCUGGCUUUUUUUUGUUGCUGCUGCUGGUGCGGAACCGCAUGGGAAGUUGCCACUUUUGGCCUGUCGCCGUCGCCUGUCGCUUCGCCUCUCCUUUCGCCUGUCGUUUCGCCUCUCCUUUCGCCUGUCGUCUCACCUGUCGCCGUCGCCUCUCGUCCUCACCUGUCAGAUCAAUUUACUCACGCGCAUGAAGUAGUUUUUUUUUCGGAUAAGAAUAAAAAAAGAUUAAUUAUUUUUUGCACGUGAAUGAAAGUGAAAGAGUUGCUUUUUUCUUGUCGAAAGUCAGCAGCUCUUUUAUUUAUUUCUUUGCUUUGAAUGAUGACGCUGCUUGCGCGGAACCGCAUGAGAAGUUGCCACUUUUGGCCUGUCGUUGUCGCCUGUCGUUUCGCCUCUCGUUUCGCCUGUCGUUUCGCCUCUCCUUUCGCCUGUCGUUUCGCCUCUCGCCGUCACCUGUCGCCGUCACUUCUCGUCUGGGGUAUGUGAUUACAGAGCCCGGAAGUCAAGCAAUAUAAAUAUUAAUGCCCUCUCCGCGUAGCAAAAAUCGCAUUCCCUUUGCUGCUCAUGCAAUACAGAUUGGCUCAAGCAGAGUAGUCAUUUUGGCUCAAGCAGAGUAGUCGAAGUAAGAAGAGUAGCUGUAAAAAAAAAAAAAAACACCACGUUGCCACAAGUAGUCAAAUAGAGCAGUUCAGCUUGAGUAGUGUUAGCAGUGCAAACAGCGAAACAAGAUCUCGUAGACCGGCAGUACAGAAACCUCCAGGUUCCCUCCAGGCGAGCGGAUCAUUACGGAGACAGGCAGCAUAUCACGACGUCGCAGUUACACGAAAUCAGAGGAUCAGAAAUGACGUCGUUGUUGAUGCCGGAUAACGACGAAAGCGCAAAGGAGACAGGAGCAGUGGGAAUGCUGCAAAUUGUCCUUGGCGAGCGGGCCCUGAUCCUGGAUGCAGAGGGUCUGAGCCAGUUUGUGGUGGCUUCUACUCUCAUCAGAGAAAUGGAAUCCAACGCGGCGGAGGAAUACCCAAUCAGGGUAACGCUACCAGUAGCCUGCGCGUCUCCGGGAAGAACGGACAAGGAAAACCGACACUACGACGACAUUGUCCUGUCGAGGGUUCACGAACUUGCAGGCGGGAACCUAGCAGGCACGCGCAGCGACCGCCGCCCGGACGGGAGAAAGGAACUGGCCAGCUACCACAGGAUCAGGAACAAGGCGACGCAGGACAAGGACACAUCGACACUGAGACAACUAGGUUUUGCAGCGGUUGCGGCGGACUUUCUCGGCCUUAUCUGCGUCCAGGAGCUAGGGCUGGACAUAUGGCAGAUAGCACGAGUAAACGGCCACAUCAGUUUCGCCAACACCAUCCUCCCGUAUGUGGCGGAAGCCAGCCCAGCCCUCUUCCGCUGCUUUCUCCUAGGACCAGAUAGAGAGAGACGGGAAGUGAGGCAGGCGAGCCGCAAAGAAGUAAUUUUCAUGAAAAAGGCAGAAGCAGCAAAGCAGGACGAAGCACUGUACGUAGCAACGCUUCUCGACUACGAAUGCCGUUGUGGAAAUCGCAGCGACAGCUUCCCCCGCCUAGCCGACAGCAGCUGCCUAUACUGCACGCUACAUGGUAUCAAACUGCUGCUGGAACUCCACGUGCUGCUGCAAGUGGAUUACGAAGAUGCAGCCCACCUCGUGUCGGAGCGCGCAUCUCGCCUAGCUACCUACAAAGUCGGCCGCCUCAACAACACACCAAGGCGUCAGGCCUCACACGUCAUCAUCCCGCAGGACUACCGGCACACCACGCGCCUAGAAUUUGCACUCGAAACCCUGCUUACCGAAGACGGCCACAUCAACCUAGGAAAAAUCCCGGGGGCAGAGGGAGUGGGCCUCCCCUGGCCAUUCCCGAUAAUCAAGACCUUCUCCGCUCAGAACGAGAUCGGUUUCGCGUGGAUAAUGAGCCCGUCGAAGCCUUACAACAUAAUGGCUCCACGCAUGUACGAGCUCCCCUUCUCCCCUCCCCCGCACCCGGCGAGCACCACGCUACCAAAAAUCAACCCGAAAGUGUUGCUCCCGAUGGGGAAAAAGGAGCUCCGAGCACCGAUAGCGGCGGACAGGAUCUGCUUGCGACACAUCGAGAACUUGAAUGUAGGAGAACUAGCGGAGCACCAAAAACUCCUGGACGAAGCAGAAGGAAUCCGAAUAAGUGGUGAGACAGUCGAUGCCUACCCGUGCCUUCGGUUCCCAGGCCUGCUAAAAGAGGUGAUGGCGUCCAGGAUGAUGGAAACCAGCAUCAGCUGUGACCACGACAAUGGCGCAACGGCAUUCGGCCUUUGCGCAGAAUGCCUGCACGAGGAGGCGAUGACAGCUAUGCGCUUCAUCAGUGGCGAGGGACUAUCGGCGGAUAUCAUGUGUCAACUAGUCGAUGACACCAAUGCGGGUGCCUUCCUGCUACAUGCGGAAAAACGACGCAAGGCGAGCCGCAACAAACUGCUGGAAGCCAUCAGGUCGGGGAAAGACCGCCCGUACGAGGACUUCCUGAACUACCAGGCCACGAUCUGGCAGCCGUACCUCCACCAAAGUAUGACGAUCACGAGAAUGGGGCUAGGCCUGGUCUGGGCACAUAGCCGCAGCGGGUACCCGACACUCGGGCUGAACGUACCGGACCGCUGGGUAAGGUCAACCCGGGAGAACGUGGAGAGCUUCAUGAUGAAGCACGACGAAUAUGGAUUGAACGACAAGGACUCGGCGGUGCAGUACAGCAUGUUCCUGGAGCGCUACCGGGAAGACGACAACUGGGAAGUUCAGGCGCAAAAUAGAAGAGUGGAUGAGAUGAAACUGAUCAGGCUCGCAUGAAUCGAAUAAAUUGUGCUUUUUCUGAUAUCGAUGCUUCAACAUUUUCCCGCGAGCAGCGCUAGUGUUGGUGAUGAUAACUCGUAUCACCCCCAUUACAAAUCUGGCUCCCACCCGCAGCGGUGGAGCAGGGGUAGUGCUGUGGUCGUGCAGUACAGUGAACGGUUCUGGUGCGUGGGUGCUCUCUCCGCACUCACAAUUCCUCUUUGUCCGGCCUUUCUAGAUCCGCAUUGUGUCAUGUUCUGUUCGCUCAGGCCGGAGCCGGGAGCUACUGCUCACAGCGGGCUGGCAUGGACUAGUUAGACUAGUCUUCCCCGCAAAAUUCCUGAUCAGAUCUGCAAAGAAACAGCGGUAAGUUAAACAGAUACCACUAUUUAUAAGAAAUCACGAAGACAACAAAUAGUGGCCCACUUUUCUAUCUUGCACUGAGCCGAACCACCCACCAGCAGCGCCAGCACGAUAAACAAGGAAGAAAAUGGAAGUGGUAGAAACGGGCUCCCCAGCAUGCGGAGACGGCGACGGAGAUAACCUGCGCCUAGUUCUGGGCACGCGGACAGCGAUUUUUCAGGAGGAGGAGCUGGAGCUAUUGGCAUUGGCGUCGCCACACAUAUCAACGCUAAUCGACAUCGCGGAUGGAGAGCGACCGGUGCAGGUUAUCCUCCCUAACAACAUCAGUGACGAUCAAGACGACGCCAACCUCGCCGCCAUCCUGAGCCUCAUCUUUGACAUGGCGGGGGGCAAUCUCAGCGGUUUCGGUGAGGAGAGGCUUCCAAACGGUGAUCAGGAAGCGGAAAGGUGGAAACUAAGAUUUGAUAACGAAAUGCACAAGCGACAGGAUAGAAGACAGGCGGGGCUGGCCGUGCUAGCGAAGUCGCUCGCAGCGGCAGACUUCCUCGGUCUAAAGUGCGUCCCCAACCUGGAGGAAUUCCUAUGGAGCGAGGCGAUCCUCAACUCCCACCAAAAAUACGCACACACGAUAUUCCCCCAUAUCUCGCGGACCAACGCAUUCCUCCACGAAGCCAUCCUCCUGGGCCCGGACAAGGAGUCACGGACCGCCCGCCAGUCCGAUCGGAAAAAAGAGGUGUAUGCUACGGCGGCCCCGGCUAUCAACCAGGACGAAGCAAUCUACAAAAUGGUGGGUCUCGACAAAGAAUGUAGUUGCACGGUGUAUUCUAAUCCGUUAGGCCGUCCACACCUGGCAGGAGGGAAAUGUGUGCCCUGUGCAGUCUACGGCACCGCAUCUAUGCUGGAGUUAAUGCUACUUCUGGAUCAAGACUACGAGACGGUCGCCAACAUGAUUUCACGAGAAGCGGGGCGCAUAGCAUCAUAUAAAGCGGACCGACUGCACGGCACCUACCGGUGUUACCCGCUAGAGGAGCGGGAUCCCCAAGAACCACGCUUGUACACGCAGGCGGAAUACGCGCUGGAUGCCCUUACCUCCUGCGAGGGUCACCUGGCAGUAGGAAAAGUCGAGGGAUCACCCCUCAUUGGCCUGCAAUGGCCACUCCCGAUCAUCCGCACCUGGAACAGGAAUUCCUGCCGCGAAUUCGGCUGGGCUAAAGGAAAGAACAUGGCGUAUCAUGCGACGGCAGGUACCGACGGGGUGCCACUCGAGGCUCGCUUCCACAGCUCAACGGGGCGCCAGGCCACGGAGGGCUCGUCAAGGGACGUAGACCGCCUAGCCAGAUUCGGGAACUUCUGCCCCUUGAUCCUCCUCCCGAAAAUCACGCCAUCCCCCAGCCCACUGCUAGUCACUCUUCAAGACCAGAUGAUGGGUGAUUCACACGGAGCAGCGAGGAUGGCACAGGCAGUUGCCACCCACCCGGCGCUUGGGCAGCCCGGAUUAAUCCAAGAACUGGUCCUGCAGCAACUACACAUCCGAAACCCGACGUGCGACCACGACACGUUCAAAACAAAAUUCGGCCUCUGUCGCCAGUGCCUGGAAGACGGGGCAAGAGCAGCAAUGAGCAUGCUCAGCGGCGAAAGCAUGACAGCCGAAAUCCUGUGCGAAGCGGUGGGAGAUACGGUGGCUCCGGGAGUUCUGGCGCUGGCAAGAUCAAACCGCAGGUCAACACGGCGUGCCCUCGUGGACGCAACCAGGAGCGGGUCCCAGGAAGCCUACAACUACUUCUUCGAGGAGCAGGAAAAACUCCCGCAAUACCCGCUACAACCGGGGAUGGGAAUCACCCGCAUGGGCCUAGGUUUAAUCUGGGCGCACGGGCGCAGUGGCUACCCGAUGGAGUGGCUCCUUGUAAUGAACAAAUGGCUCAGAGGAACAGAAGAAGACGUCGCAGAAUUUCUACGGCAACAUGAGGAGCUCGACCUCCGAUACUCGGGGAUAGAGCAUCAAUACAGCAGGCUAGUUAACCUCCACAGAGGACGGAUCCAUGCAAACAGUCAGAUUCAAGAAGAAAAAGUGGAUGAAUUAAAACUAAUUACAUGCCAGUGAAAGUUACGGGAGCCCUGUAGAUACACAGCAAAGGCUCAGCAAAAAAACAGGGAUAAAAGAUAAACAGAAAGUUAGUCACGUGUCGCGCUGAUGAAAAAAAGGAAGACGCGCAGCACAACACAAAGGACGUUCGCUGCGCAGCAAUCUGUUCCAAGAAGCACACCUACUGCCCGAUUAAUGCUAUCCCCCAUUCCGCGGCCUGGAGGGUUUUUUGCAUGUCUUCGUCCUGGGGCCGCCUGCACUUCUGCUGUCGGGUGAUAUCAGUGCCUCUGCCCUGCUGUCGUUGCGGGCAGUCUCGGGCACCCACGACGGUGUCCGGUCCCGGGCCGGCCCCGUGGGUAAUCUUGUAUGUCUUUGUGCUUCUUGCAAGCACGUUCCAGCUCCUCCAGCUGGCACCAGCCCGCCAGGUCGUCUCGUCCGUGUUUGCAGCUCGAAUGAGCUCGGCGCUAGUGCGCAAGGUUUUGUAAAUCAGGAGUGGGGGAACUAGCGGGGUGAUCAGAGCCCGGAGUGGCGGUGGAUCUUGUAAUGCGGGUCUGGCAAGAAGAGCAUCAACCAAACAAAAUGAAAUAUAUGGUGUGUAAUGCAGGCCGGACAGGAGAUGCACAAGCUAAGAGAAUCAGUAGUGCGUCAAGGCUAGGAAAGCCAGCCGACUAAAACUAACGUGAGCUACGAUCGCAAUAGUUAGAAAAAAAAAAAAGAAAAAAAGCUCCCUGAAAAAAAAUAUAUAUGCAACACACAAGUAGUCCACUUUUUCUGAUAUGAAUCGCUGAACUCGGGGCAGAAGCAGCCUAGGAGAAAAGGCAGAUCGGAGUGCGCCGCGUUUCGCUACGGGCAGUAAGAGUGGCAGUGAUAUCGAAAGCAGGAUCCCGAACUUCAGCCACAUGCUGAAAAUCCGACACGGUAGGAACGCGAACCAAGUCAGCGACCGUGACAUCACAUCAAAAAGGGGAGUCGAAACGGCUAACCUCCUCCACCGCAGGUACCCGCUGUAUCACAAUGCAGAGGAAUUACCAGGGGGCAAUGAAGCAGGGAUCAACCAAGCCCCACAACCGCCUCAACACAAAGAGCUCCCGGAGGAGCUACUGGCGGCAGCCAGCCCGUACAAAAUCACGUUGGAGCCAGCCCUUCUCCCAAGCGGCCACCGCCUAUUCCCGGUGAGGGUAUUUGAAAGACUACCGAAGAGAUGGGCGAACUGGCUUGAAGCCGCGCACGGAGCCGGUCUUCUCGUGGAGAUCGGACUGCACUGCAUGUCGGAGAUGUCGCGCAUCACUAAUGCGGAGCUAACUGCGAACCGCACGGCAGGAAAGCCAAAGGUGGGAUGCGCGCAGUGGGAAAACCAGCUUUCAACACUGAUCAGGAACUACCUCCAGAAAACAGCAGGAAAGGGCUGGCCCACGAAGCAAGCGAAAAAAGAGGAAGUGGCUGCUGGGAUCUGGAUGACCACCGGGAAAAUAUGGGAUGAUCAAGAGCGCCGAUACCGCAACACGCAGAUCAAGCCGAGCGAUCUGACAAUGCUGCGAUGCUGUGCAGAAGGCAUAGCAAUUAGAAUGACUACGAGAUCGGCCCUGGCGCAACCCCUCCCCCCAGCAGACAUCCAAGUCUUCUCGCAGUCCCAAUCACAAUCAGCAACGUCAAAACAACUUCUCGGGAUGAAUGCGAUAAAAAAGCGUGGGGGGCUGAAAAUAGACGAAAAGCGACCGGCGGGACGGAACGUCAGAUCGGACGGUGGCAGCACCGUCUCCGGACCUCCGCGGGAAUGGAAGUCGCAAUCAACAAGUACUCGCUGGAAAAAGGAGAUGCAAAGCGAGGAAAAUCGUCGGGCAGGUGAGUUUCUGUGCUGCGCCCCGCGUCGCACAAUCGAUGAAACUUUUGCCGAUGAGACAAUAAGCGAGCUAGUUUGCGAGCAAUGCACAGCACGUGCAGAGGAAUUACUAACCAGCAUCCCCCACCGGGAACGUGUCGUCCACCCGCAUGCCCUGGGCUUCCUCGCGAUUGUCGAAUAUCCAAAGAAAGGAGUCGAUCCAGCUCAAGGUCCCGCACUCUAUAUCCGCAUUCCAAUACCUGACUCCGCGGCGCGUGACUACGUAAGUCAGGAAUGGAGCUGCACAAGAUGCCCAUGGACGGGCAGCCUGGCUCAAUCCCUCCAGCACGUGUACCUCUGUGUGGCGGGCCGGGCGGCUCACGCGUCACAAAUGCAUAUCCAGAUAGCGGCGGAUAACCUCAGGAUAGGCGAAAAACGACAGCACAGACAGGACCUAGCAAAAAGAUCAGGCUACCUCCUCCCCACCACCAGCAUCCGCUUAGAGCCGAAGUGGGCCCCCCCAGACCACAACUGGUCAAAGGGCAAGCCAAUGAUAGUCCAUCUGGUGAACGCGGAUGGCGCCCUAGUCAACAACCACAUAGGUGUGGCGCUGGACUUGCUCCACAGCCAGGCGCUGAUAGCGGUGGUGAGCGAGGCAUCGAUGAAAAAAGAGGAAGCAACUAGCAUCUUGAAAGUCAUGGACGAGAUCACGCAGGGCCGGUACGACUGGCACCGAGCAGACCGGUCGAUCGCGGCAAUAGCGCAUGGUAUCUCACCAAAAGCCAAAAAAUGGACACCAGUACAGGGCGCUCCAAAUAUGCAGCUGGGAUGCAUCGACACGGAGGUCAUGCGGGGAGAAGCGGUUGUGGGGUACGUGUCCCCGGCGUACGCCACCAGGAAGAACGAGCACGCAGUGCUGGCAGGACUAGUGUCCUCACAGACGGUGCUGGUGGCGGGUGACCUCAACGUGACGGAAACUGCGUCCUCUCCAAGUAAAUCGGCGGCUCACCUCAAGCAGAAACUACAGGCUGCCGGCAUGAAAUCAGCGCUGGAGGAAGCAGCAAUAACCUUCCCGAGGGAAGGAACACAGCCGGACUUGCUCUUCUUCCGCCUCACGUCGGAGUCCCCGACUUCCCACCGCGUAUAUGUGGGGCCCAGCGCAAACAGGGAGCUAUCAAACGCCUCCCAUCAUAACAUCACGGCCAUACUGGACCUCCCACCACCCCCGGAGGGCGAGGCAGAUGAAUCCCUCCCCGCGGAAGUGAACCCCGCGAUCCAGGAAGCGAGAUCGACGGCACACCGGGUGGUGAAGCUUACUGGUGCGAAUCUCCGCCGGUCCUACGCAUGGGAGAAAAUCCCCCAAGUAAAACAAGCGGAGAUCAUAGAAGAAGUCUUGGGCGCAAUCAAAGAAGGCUCCUUCACCUGGAAAACAGCAUCAGAGGCGUGCCGAAAAAGGUGGAAAGCAAAAAUUUCACCAGCUGCGUUCGAAGGAUUCAAAACAGUCCUCCUAAAGAGCAAUGGCCGUCUCUCCACUAGCAUCUCGGAAACAAUGGAGUGCUUCCGCUCUCGCCUGCUGGACGGGAAGCCGGCAGGAGCAAAACGAACAAGGUGGGAAGCGGUGGCGGUCAACGAAUGGACAAAAGAUCUAGCUGCGGCCUGCCCAUCAAGGAAGUACCACAUGAGCGAGGAUCUGGUGAUCCGGGUGCGAAAACGAAUCAACAGUUCGUCUGCCCCGGGGAUAGACGGCAUUCCCCCUGCCUUCUACCUGGAGAAUGAUGAGCUAACGUCGGCGCUGGUCCACAUGGCGGUGAACAAAAUCAACAGCGGGGACAAGCUUCCAUGGUCCAGGAAAUUCCUCAUAAAAUGGCUCUUCAAAGCCGGGAAAGAAGGCGCGGUAAGAAUCACUAAGGAAUUCUUUCGGCCCAUCAGCCUGAUCACAUUAGGAGACAAAGUGCUGGAAGCGACGGUCCUGGAACUACUUCUGCCGGAGGUAGUCUGCUUCUCGGAAAACCUAGGAUUCCAAAGAACCUGGUCCGCUCCCCUCGCCACGUACAGGGGCGUACACUUUUUAAAGGCGCAGAAAAAGGCGGGCCUCCCGUACGGUGCUGCACUAGUACGCGAUGUAAAGGGCGGCUACGAGAACACCGACAAGAGCCGAGCGCUUUUAGCAAUAGCCAGGAGGGGUGCGAGCAGCGAGCUGGUGCGCACAGUGGCAGACUGGUUCGAGGACAGGGCGAUAGUAAUAAUAACAGACGGACAUCUCAGUGAAGAACACAAAGUAGCUGAUGUUUUAGGCCAAGGCACACUCAAAUCCCCCAUCCUCUUCCGGAUCGAUUGCGAAAUGGGCGCAGAAGACUGUGGACUAGUCAGCAAAUCAAGUGUGUCACAAGACGAGGAUGGCCUGGACGAAUGGGCACGCCAGAUGAACAACUUUGUUGACGACGCGACAGCAUAUGUAGCAGCCCGAGACAAGGACAGCUUGAAGGCCGGCCUACUGGCAGCAAAUAAGGACAUGAACGCUUUCCCCUACCCGUUCAGCCCACCACGGCUGGCACUACUGUCUGGCCCACAAGACGAGGACAUGACUGCAUUGGCUCUUACCCUCAACCUCGAGCUUCCGGACGGCACAAUUCUCCGCCCGACGGAGGCACAGGCAGUUCCGGACCCUCGGGAAGAUCCAAAAACGGCCACCUUCUAUCACGGCAAGCAAACCAGAGUGACAGGUGCCAGGCUCUACAAAUUCGAAAAGAUCCUAGGCAUCCCGCACACCGCGCACCGAGACGGGUGGGCAGAACAUCUUCGCAUCUUGGAACAAACGGUGGAGAGCGAUGUUACGGGAUUCACGGCGGACCCCCGCCACCAAGGCAGAAGCGUCCACGACUGCCUCAAAUUCUAUGCGGAGAGGGUGCUCAACGCCCUCACAUACGGGGCCGGCGUGAAGUUCUUGCUCAACACGGAAUUUCUAGCGGCGCUCGACAAACUGGCGGAGUCACAGCUGCAAAAACUUCUUCAGCAAAGCAUUCCACCAGAAGGAGGCUUAGUUCUCGCUUCAGGAGCCACGCUCCCCAGCUCACUGGCAAUAGCAGAGCAUAGGAUUCUGAACCUCCAGGCCAUCUCCCUCAACACCGGGGGCGCGCCGAUUCCAGCGGAGGCGGGUACUGCCGGCCAGGAGAAACGUUGGCGGUCGCUCAAGAUCGACUUCAGCUACGAAAAUGACCCUCCCCUCCCAGCGAAUGUGAAAAUCCUAACAGCAAAAGAUGUCUACAACCGCUUUGGAGUUCACCACGCGUCGAAAAAUGUCGGCUUCCUAGCGGCGAAGAUCAAAAAAUGGCUCUCAGCGUUAAAAGCGCAGUAUGGGGCCGCCUUGCUAAUCCUGGGUGCCGAUGCCGGUGCGGGCUGUUCGGACGACAACAGCGACGAGGACAGGAUCUCCGCGUUGGUCGGGCAGCUGGGGAACCAACCAGCAGGUGAAUACCUGAUUGGCAUGCGCCUGUCCCACAGCCUCGACUCAUUUCUUGGCGAAGUAGGGGGUCUCGGAUCUGCCGCAGCAGUAGUCGCGGCAAACGCUCCGGGAAUGGCGCAGGCAGCCGCUGCAGGAAAAAUUGUCCCGAUCAAGCUGAUCGUCGUUCUGGAGGACAACGAUGGGAGCAUAGCAACUACACGCAACUCGUCAGGAGGCAUCAACAGCUCUAGAACAAGAGCUAUGCUGGCAGCGGCGGCGAGAGACCUUCCGGAAGCCACGCUUCUAGUACAUUAUGCACCGGGGCACAGCGGCAUUCCAUGCCAACAAGAGGCGGAUCUGUUACAAAGCAUGCCACACCAACCCUCCGCUCCGAUGUCGGAAAUAUUUGAAGUACAGGUGAUGCCUCGCCUGAUCAAAAAGGUGAUUAAGGCGGAUGCGCGCUCGAUUGCCCUUCGCCGCUUCGCGGGUCCCACGGCUCCGGGCUCGCAAUCCUCGGACCGGUCAGAAUCAAUCAGGACUACGAUUCUGUCACACAUAGGGUACGCACCACAGUACUGGAAAAAGCUGCAGGGAAAAGCGCAGGCACUCAUAUUUUCAAUCGUUUCGGCGGACGGCAACGUGGCUCUACAACAAUCAGGAGCUUACCUCAAAGUGGCUCGCGCGAAAGAUGCGGGGAGAUCCCUCCAUUGCGGGUGGUGCGGCAAGCAGCUUUUCUUCCACGGGAAUACGACCAAGCAGUGCGACGACGACGUGCCGUCCUCUCAGGGGAGUGACGAAUUGCAGGUGGACGAGCAGUCUGAGGAAAUAACUGCUGUGCAGGACGAGCCCCUUGGCGGCACGGCGUCCCACGGCAACUCCUUUGCGGCUCACGUCUUGGGAGCGGAAUGCCUCAAGGUGGUACAGUGCUGGCCAGCAGAAGAUACCCCAGGUUCCCUAGAGAAGAACCUAAAAAACCUGCCGACCACACUUAGGGCUAUUCUGCGAGCAGCUGGGUUCCGAGAUCCGGGGAAGGAGUGGCCGAAGCAGCAAAAGCCAGCGGCGUCGAGGGAAGAGGCCCCCCUUUCACAGGAGGCUAAACGAAAUCUAGAGAAAACAACUCUACGGUGCAUGGAACCACACGCAGACCAGGAAGAGGAUCUACAAGACCAUAAUCAGGAAGAGGCCCCGUGGCUGAUAAAAGAGCUGCAAAAACUACAAGGAGCAGACCCAACCAUCCCGGAAGCGGACGCGCGGGACUGGAUUCUGCCCCGGGACAAAAUCCUGGGGAGUGCACAUCCGUCACGGGUAGUGGGGAGACCGGCCACGAGGCAAAUUGCAGUAACGAUUGAAUCCCCACGACAACCCAGGCAGCAAGGGGGCGUCAAAAGAAACUGCUCAUCGGGCGGUGUUCACACGGGGAUUCAAAGACGGUAUGAAACUGUCCACCACGAGCCUGACGAGCAGGACAUUGAAUCAAACCAGCCCAAGCGUCGCAGGAUUUCCAAUGGUGCAGUAGGACAGGAAAUGUAUGAUGCUGAUGGGGAUGCAAUUAUGCAAGACGUGGAGGACGAAAGUAGCGGCCCGGUGGAGGACGAAGAGGACGACUUGUUAGCGGACACCUGAAUAAUAAUAUUAUGCUGUGUGUCUCUACAUAUUUGCCUCGAAUAAAGAAAGACAAGUAGUGCAGAAGGAAAAAAAAGAAUAGACAGUUACAAGACAUGUGAUUUUUAGAAACGGAGGAAUGAGUAGUAAAAGGAUAUAAGCGGUCGAACAAAAAGCCUGUGUGCUUGUUUUCCUUGCUAAAGCAGUAAUGAUAGCAAAAAAAGAGCAAAACCAAAUUACACAUUAGGUGGCCGACGCGGGUGUAUUGGAGUGAUGGACGGUUUCAGGCGCUCUUUGGUCUGGUGUGUCGUAGUGUCGUGCGGGCGGGGAUUUUAUUCUGGUCGUGAUCGCUGGUCUUCGUCCGGAUCGUCCUCUCGGGCUUCGUCUCGGCUGGUGAGCGGUGAGUGUUGGUCGGAGAGGGUCCGGUGCUGGUGGCUUUGAGCGGAGCGAGGGUUCCUCGCUAUCGUCGUCGCCCGGCUUUUGUCUUUAGUGUCUGUCCGUAGGUGGGGUCCCUAUCCCGGCUUUGGCAAUAGGGCUUCUAGGUGGACUGCUGGAGACCCCAGUCCUGUCGCUUCGCGAUGUUUUACUCAAGCUGCCGGAGACCCCAGCUAUCCUUCUGCUCUGCCCUUUUCAAUCGUCGUUGUCUGUUCUCGUGUCUUGCCUGGUUUUCCGGUGGAAUUUACCGUGCUCAUGGAAUUACCGAUUCGACCAGGACAUGCUGCCACUCUAACGGUUCCACUCGGGUCCGACCCCCGUUAGAGCUUGACCCUUUCUCCCCCGAGCUCCUACCUGAGGUAGUGGUCGUAAAGGGGAUAUAGUGGUUGAGGGGUAAAUAGGCUCAUGCAAUACAGAUUUUUCUGGAAUGCAAAUGCAGCAUCACAAGUUGCAUUCUUCCAGACCCAGACAUUUUUGCAUUUGAUACUGUCUCCAGACGCAGCCCUCCCUGAUCGUCAGCCCCACCAUGGGGUAUUCCUUCAGCCAGAACCGGACCACGAACACCACCGUGAAUGCGGGGAUCGGUACGUCGGUGGGCUCCGUCACCGCGGACAGCAGGCUCUCGCUCGCCUCCGUCACCGACGCGAUUUGCGAUGUGAUCGAGCAACGGGCGGACCGGAAUAUGAACUACUAUGCAUUUUUGCAAAUAUGUCUGGGUCUGGGAACUUGUGAUGCUAAUCUGCGGAUCACAGGCAACUACCUCGAAUACGGGGACACGCAUGACAAAUUUCUGAGCGACUAGGUCUUGCGUAAACUGCAUGAGAAGCUGCGUAGUUUUUGCAUUACAAAAUAAAAGCCGCGCGGUCGCGUAACAUGCAUGGCAGAUCUUUGUCUCCUGUCAGCAGAGCAUUACAGAUCUCGCAAUCUACUUCCAGGCCCAGACAUAUCUGCACUCCAUAACUACGGUGUGGUUUUGAUCCCGGACGGGCUUUUGGCUUUGAUUCCGGAGAUGCGGGAGCUAGUGGAGGAAGUAUGAAAGUGCACAACUCGUCCCCCUCCCCCUCAUUUGUAUAGCAUGAAGAGCAGUACAAACACGACCACAAAUGGAGCCUAUGCAUGACAAGUUUGUGUGCCUAACCAUAGUACUGUUUGGGCUUCCGGAAUUUGUCAUGCAAGCAGUGCCAUAAGGAUAAGGGAGCGACCACUGGAUUUGGUAUUUUGCAUUACAAAUGAGGGGGAGGGGGAGUUUUGUGCACUGUCAUAGGAGGUGAACGCGAUCCACAAGUCGAAACGGGUUUUUCCAAAGAAAGUUUCGGAUUUAGUUGGGUUGUUGUCCCCCUUCUCGCACGGGGUCUUUUCCAACCUGCCCGAUCAGAUUCAGUAUCCUAUGUAAAAACGUCCCCACACCAAAGUCAAGAUGGGAAGUCUGCAACACAAAUCCCCAAGUUUUGGGGGUUUUGCAUGACAAAUUUCCAUCUGCAGUGUAGUACUGGCUGGCAAGGAAACCCGCAUGACAAAGCCAUUUUCUCGUCCUGUUUACAGCAUUACAAAUUCCAAAACACGACUGGAAAUGCCUCUCAUGGAAGUGCGCAUUACAAAUCUUCCAGUCAUUGCGCAUUUGCAUGACAACUCUGGGGUGGGGACGUUUUUACACAGGAUAUUCAGUACCAGAUUCUCACCUUCGCCAGCCCUUCGAACGACGAGUUUCAUAGCCGGUACGUAUCCUGUGCAAGAGUAUCGUACUCGUACUAAUUGCGUUUAUGCAUGACAAGUCUUGUCCUUAAGGUAAAACAGCAUGACAAAAUCCAGCUCUCCUGCUGAGGAAAUUUGUAAUGCAUUUAUACGACGAGUACGAUGCUUUUGCAAUGCAUAGUAUGUGGACGUCGCCAACAUCGAGGCGGAACUGCUUUUGCGCGGGCUGGUCGAGUCGGAACUGUCGAGGAGAAAAGGGUUCGGGCAGUACCGGGGCGGCGGGUUCCUGUGUCACACGCACAGUCUGUCGCACCAGGCGAGAUCCGCUCUGCCAACCAAUCACGAUUGCAAUCUGGGGUACACGUUGGGGUACACAGCGGCGCUGUUUGCAUUGGAAAGCAAAACGGGCCUGCUGGUCACGGUGGAGAACCAGGCAACGGACUCGGUAUAAUGGUUGCCCGGCAGCAGCUUGACAGACUGCUUUUUUUUUGUUAUAUUCCCAGAACUUCUUUCGUUCUACCCGGUCGUCCUUGCUGCAACAUCUGCCAUUCGUGCUGGGCCUGGGUCAUUGACAUGAUAGUAAUCAAGCAUAAGCAUGCCAUUAUCAAUCAGGUUGACAACUGGAUCGUUGGCGGCGCCGUGCUCUCCCACCUCGUUUCCAUCAAGGAGACUAACAUCGGGAUAAGACGCACCGACAAGGCCGCCCGCGCGUAUUCCGUGCGGAUGGAAUCUGCCCACGGACCGGACGAUUUGGUGUCGGAGGCACUGGCGAGCGGGCAGCUUCUCCCCCCGCCAGUCGACCGCGAGCCAGUGAACCCUAUCAAAUGCAAAAAUGUCUGGGUCUGGAAGAAUCCGAACUUGUGAUGCUGGGUUUGGAUUCCAAAAAAAUCUGUAUUGCAUGACCAGCAAAGGGAAUGCAAUUUUGGCUACGCGGAGAGGGCAUUUGUGAUGCGGAAUAGGCAUCGCGAAGCCCUCGAAAAGUCUGUGAUGCUACCGCAUGCAUUACAGACAUCAUGGCCCAUGCUAAACGUGCAUGACAAGUCUCAGAAUCUUCCAGACCCAGGCAUUUUUGCAUUUGAGAAACCCCGGGCCGGUGCAGUUUUCCGGGCCGCUAGCGGAGACGAAACUGAUCACGCAGCGGUUGCUGGCGCCGAGCGGGAACGCGCUGCGGCAAGUGGAGAAAUUGUGCAAGGAGAUUAAACUACUCGCGUCCGCAAACUGCCGCAGCAAAGUGCUCGACGGGCUCUGUGCGUACAUGAAAUCGGGGUUGGACCUGGUGAAUCUGUCUACCAGUUAUGCAAUACAAAUUUCCCGCACAUGUACAAAAUACAUCGCAAAUUUCGCCAGUCUGGAGUGUAGGAACACUUGUCAUGCUAAAUUAGGAUCGAAGGUAGGUUUACUCAUGCAGACACCACAUGUGUACGUGUAGGUCGUGUGCGGAAAAUUUACUGUGGAUACCAGUAGUGGCGCCAGUGCAACGAACCAACUGGCGGUCUCUGCCGUGCGACCGCGACCCAGUGUCAGAAGUAAGAGCAAAUGAUGAAAGAAUGUGAAGGUGCCGGGCGUGGCUAACUUUACUGUAUCCUAACGUCUGUGUUUCUCUCUCCCUCUUCAUCGCUCUUCUAGGAUUAUUUGACCGUCAUCUAGAAGACACUUGGUUGAUAGUCGAAGUAAGAUAAGCUGCAAAGUUACCAAAAAGUUACCUUGUUUUGAUGAAAAAUGACUCGCUCUGAGAGCGGAAUCGUAAAAGCAAUCCCAAAAAUCUCCUCGUGCUUUGAACAUGCUUCUCUUGCUGCUGAGUGUGAGUUCAGCCCUCACGACUUUGUUCGACGCAAACUGUGUCCACAGAAAAAUUUGAGAACGAAGUCGUUGCGCAAAGUUGUUGUUUCCAAAGAUGAAUGUUGAACAAAGAACGGAUUUGUUUUCUUGCGAGCUGUUUGUGUGUGCGUGAGAAGGACAAAGAAGAAGAACACACUGUGCAAAAAAGCUGUGAAAGUGAAG